CGCCAUCUCCGACGCCAAGGCGGCCGCUGCGAAGGCGACCCGGACGCUGAGCGUCUCCGGGAUGAGCAAGAGCAACGGGUACUUCUGGAUCUUCGGUGGCUCUACCGUUUCGACGACGAGCGUGACGGGCCGGUUUGGGUUCGUCCAGAAGCUGACGACGCCGGACCUCAUCGCCUCGACUGUGCCGUUCGAGAACAGCGCGACGGAUAUGAUCAUCACGUGUGUGCCCGCGGCAGCCGCCAGGGCCUGCGACGUCUACGCCAACACCGUCAACGUCGGCCGGCGGACGAAGAGCUCGAGUGCGGUCCCGACGCUCAACCUGAUUCGUUUCUCCCCGCUGUCCUUCGUCAACACGCGCACCAUCGCGCAAGCCGCCGCGGGGAUGAACCCCAGCGGCAACUUCGACAUCACGCGCGGCUUCGUCUUCAGCGGCCAGCUCCCAGUCCCCCCUCUCGCGUUCACGCUGAUCCACGAGGUCCAGCACUCGGACCCGCUCAUGAACAACCCCCAGAUCGAGCGCUUCAUCGACCAGAAGGUCGCUGGGGUGCGCGCCUAUGGGUUCAACCAAAUCCAGAACCUCGCUGCCCCGUUGAAGCCGCAGAACCCGCAGAACUACGCGUUCUUCGCGCUGUUGGCCCAGUCGAACCCCGAGUUCUUCGACUCCAAAUGCUUCAUCGGAAACCAACUCGGCACUCGUGAGCUGCUCGAAGAGGGGUCUGAGGAGUCGGACGAACUCGGUGCUCGCGCGCUGGUUGAUGAAGUCACGGAUGGCGAAGACGUUCUCGAUGGUUCCGAAGAUCUCUCCGCGAGAGCAAUCAGGAAACCUAUCGGGAAGAAGCCUAUCGCCAGACCCGUCACGAAGAAGCCCAUCGUCAGGCCUGUGGGCAAGCCUGUCGUGAAACCCGUCACGAAAACGUCCACCAAGCCAGUCACCAAGCCAGUCACCAAGCCAGUCACCAAGCCGCCCACCAAACCCGUCACGAAUCCGCCCACGAAGCCGGUGACCAAGCCGCCCACUGCACCGGUCGCAACCCAGCCUGCGCCUCCGAGGGCCUCCGCGUCCAAAGCGGACGCCUGCUCCGCCAGCGCGAAGGUGUGCACGGCGUGCGCGAAGAUCGCGAAGGGCAUCCCGGGCGACGUCGAGCUGAGCCACUUUGACGACGAUUCAGUGCAAACUAGGGGUCGUGGUCGUGUAUCUUUUGGCUGGAUGUAACCUUGAUCUGCUGGAAAUGAGAAGGUUAAUUCGUUGGAGUCGACGCUUGGAUGGGUGUCGGCUUGAUACCAUUCCCUGCUUGAAGCGAGCCAGAGCUCCGAUUCCGCGGCAUGACUUCACGGCGGCCGUCGUGCAGAGAAGAAUACACGCCAGCCAGUGUUUGGCGUAUCCAGGAAGCACGGAAAGUACAUCGAACAUGUUCGCGCGUUGAGUACGACGAUAGAAUUCUAGUCGCGGUCGCUGGUCGUUGGUAGCAGCAGUGGCAUCGACAUGGGAGGCCAGUUGCGCGUUGUCGUCAAGUCCAAGCCUAGGGGUGUAGUAGUUGCCAGUCGAUGAAGAUAGCCACGCCUUGUCAUCGGUGGGCGAAGAGACGGGGGCCGAGCCGAUGCGACAACGCACGGUGACGGGGGUGCUGAUCGGACGCGACACACGUACUGGUAUGCAGGCCCUUGUUCCCCUCUGCUCUGCCUUCCAUUUUUUCAUCCAGGAUUUACGACGCGUUGACGUCAGCCGCGAGUCCCUCAGCAUGCGUGCGAAGCUGAGAGAAAGAUUCGUAUUCAAUGGUGGAAGGCGGCGUUGCGAGGACUCAGGCGACGCGUUUGUUCAUGACGCACCGCUCGCAGUGUAGGUAUCGGAAACUUACACGGUUUCUGACAUGAUACAAAGAAUACUUCUGGCACAUCCGGGCCACUCGGUGAGGCCUCGGUAUUGACUCGGGCAUCGGGAUGCCCAGAUAAGGUGGAUUUAGAAGCCACGGCGACGCGGCUAGAAAGAUGAAGCAAAGUGGGGCGGAGGUCGGGCGAAAUGAUCGCGAUCACGUGUGGAGUCGGUGCCCUACCCUGAGCAGUCCGCGCGGCUACCAUCGGUUCCGGGCAUCUUUUUGUCUUGGGUCUCCGAACUUGUCCGAGUCCUGUGCUAUGAUGUCUUGCAGGUAGAUGGAUAAGUAAUGAUGUCUUGUAUUUAGAUGGAUUCUUGCGGCUGCAAGUUUAGUCACUUAGAGGUGCCGCUAAACAACGUGGAGCAGCAGGGAGCGGCCAGCAGAUUAUUACCGCCUGAGCGAGAAAGAUCCGAUCCGAGCCACCUCAAGCGCUUGGCUUGGUUGAUGAUAGACACAAGCGGCAGAUAUGCAACACAGGAUACUGAACGCGUUCUCGAAGCAUUCAUUCCGAACUUUCAAGAUGAUCUGCUUCUUUCUCUAGGAUAUGCUGAGAUGGCUCACGGAGGCGCACCAUCGUCGUCGUCCAUGUACAAUUCAGACUGCUUGCUACACAGCACCCAGUUCAGAUAACCCGGAGGACGCCGCUGACAGGAGACGCGGACGAUCCCGGUAGCCAAACACAAGAAAAUCGUAACUCCUUUGACACCUACUUUUUGACACUUGCAUCCGUGGAUUGACAACUGAUCGAAGAUCUCACGAAUGUGCAGUCUCUGCCAAGUCCACCCGACAACCUGGCACAUCCAGCGUCUACGCACACCCACCGAGGCCGCGACGGGCCUUGGGCCUUGGCCUCGGAGAGAACACCGCUCAGGCGUCUAUUGCUCGGCCGUUGCUCGAGUCCAGCUACCUAGCGGGCGCUGCUGAACAGAGACCAAGCUUUCCUAUCGGAAAUCGUGAUUUGGUUGUGAUACCAAGAAGGUUGUUUGUCUUCUCACAGCCGAAACGGUUCGCACAGCCGCCCAGCAGCUACCCCCAAUCUUAGUCGACGAAAUAUGAUUGGCUCCGCGAUUCGGUCAUUGUUCUGCUUCUCGUCCAUGAAUACUUGGCACUGGGCUUCAAAUACUUAUGUGAUCCUAAGAGCCAUGAGCCGCUCACCCUGGUUUCGGUUGCUUCGUCGUGUGGAGCUCGUCGAUUUCGGCCGCUGCUUCUUCUUCUUUUUCGCGCAGGGCGUGCAUACAUUAAGGAGGCGCCAGUUGUUUCUGUCUCCUCAUCGACAAUCCCUUUCCUCGGUUUCCUUUCUUUCUUUCUUCCCUUUUCCCGUCUUUCCCUCCUUCACCCCCUCAAAAUGGAGAACCAAUCCAAAGUCAGUUCCCUGUUCCGCCGGAUCCACGGAUGGUCGUGGCAAGCGUUCCCGAUCGGUAUGGGCACCGGUGCCGUCUACGUCUCGCUCUCUGGCCUCGAGGCACAGACGCCCGCGCUGGUGACUCUCCAAGUGGUCUUCUACUUCAUCAACAUGGCCCUCUUCCUGCUCAACACGAGCACCCUCCUCGCGCAAGCCAUCGUCUUUCCGAGGCAAGCAUGGAGGCUGGUGCAGGACCCAGUCAAAGGCAUCUUCGUCCCCCUCGUCGUCCUCUCGUUCGCCACUAUCAUUAUCGGGACGAUCAACUACGCGGUGCCGCCCAAACACAUCGGACCGGAGCUGAUCUAUGUGCUGUUUUGGGUGUACACGGUGUUCGCGCUGCUGACCUGCUUCCCGAUGAUGAUGAUCUGGUUCAAUAAGCCACACGAUUUGAACCACUUCACACCUGCCUAUGCGUUCUUGGUCUUCCCUCUGAUGCUGGUCGGCGUGGUUUCUUUCAACGUUCUGAACGUGAUGGCGAACGACGAUCCCCGAGCUCUGGGCGUCCUCUUUGUCGGCUAUUUCUUCCAGGGUCUCGGGUUCUUCAUGACCUUCAUCUACAUCUGCAUCUAUGUGAUCCGGGUUAUGACCACUGGGUUCUUGGACGGACAUCAGGCAAACGGUGCAUUUGUUGCCUGCGGCCCCCCUGGCUUUACUGCCCUUGCUCUGCUCAACCUCGGACGCCACGCCAAGGACCUUCUGCCCCAGUUCAAUCUCGUUUCGCCGCAAGCGGGCGAGAUCUGGUACGCCGUCAGCAUCAUGUCGGCGCUGAUGCUGUACGGGCUCGCGGUGUUCCUCUUCGUGUUUGGUGUUCUGCCGUAUUGGUUCAAAGUGCAUAAACACUUGAACGAGAUCCUUGGAUGCUGGGCGCUGACCUUCCCUAAUGUCGGCUGGAUCAACACCACGAAAUCGCUCGGCAAACUGUUGAACGUCCCGGGGCUGCUGACACUGCAUGCGUGUUUGACGGUCGUGAUCGUGAUCACUUGGGCCGUGCUCAUCGUCCUGACCGCGAUCGCAUUCUGGAAGGGGCUCAUUUUCUACUCCAAGCCAGAUGACGUGCUCAAGGACUCGGCCUCCACAGCCUCCACGGAGAUCGAGAAGCACGAGCCGGCGUCGCCGCUCGCGAUUGACCAAGAGCGGCAUUCUCACCAGAGCGGCGCAUACAACCACCAAAAACUUUUUCCAAUGUUUUCAUUCCGUCCACAAUGUGCUCGUCCACUGCAACAGCUCUGUUUGCGACGUAACAUCGCUUUCUCGUCUCCGAGAUUCGCCUCUCCGCAGGAUGCUGCGUCGGAAGACGCCUUGGAGCAAGCUGAGCGCGUAGAGGCACAAGCCGCCCGGCCCACCCAGGACUCCGACUCCAAGCUGGAAGACAUCUCCACACAGCUUAGCACAUACCGCGGGUUUCUGAAGGCCAUGGACAAGUACAGAGUCGCACAGCCGAAUAACUACAUCUCAGGGGAAACGAGAGCCCCGUUCCCCAUGAACUACUCCUUCAAGCCCCCGAACCCCAUAUCCGAUGCCGUGAAGACGCAAAUGUACGAGCAGUACAUGUUGGACCCGAGGAGGAAUAACAUCCGUGUCCUGUCUCAACGGUUCCACGUCAGCCUGAAACGUGUCGACGCUAUCCUGAGGCUCAAAGGAUUGGAGGCUGCUUUCGUCAAGGAAAAACCUCUCCAAACCGGCUUCCAAUGGGGCAUGGAAAUGCUGCUCGGGGUCCGCGAUGGUCCGGGUGUUCAAUUCAGCAACGUUCACGCUGCCGAUCUCCUCGAGGAGAAGGAGAAUCGUGACGCAGAACGGCAGCGUUUCCAGAGACAGUACUGGGAGUCUGCGUACGAUGAUGGCAAGGAACCCAUCCUACCAGCUGCUCUGCAGCACGCCAAGCUUCUCGCCGAGCGCUCGGCUGCAGAGUCACUGGCCAACAAGUCUAAUCCCCGUUUGAUGCCGCGGUUCCCCGACACAGCUACGAUCAAGUCGCCUCGAGAGCCGGUUCAGAAGGUCACACGACCUGGUCGGAUGCCGAUACACUUUGUCGACAUUGGGGGCAAGUUUAUUGACAUCAAGGAGCGGGAACGCCGGAUUAAGGCUGGGGGCAGACGCCACGGGGUGAAUGCGCGCAGGUCGCACCUGAAAGUGCUCUCGGGAUCGAUCAUGGGUCGCACGCCCAGCGAACGAGGCUUGCGGGCGGGGAUCAAGCGUCGGGAAGCGGCGGUGGCUGCCGGGAGUGCUGCUCUAGCCACCCAGCCACCCUCUUCUGCCACAAUGUCUCCCGCUUUGCUCUCUGAAGUUCCUGCUGUCGUCGAGGCACCGAGCGACCCCAAGGUCGAGGCUGCCGCCCGCGCCGCACCGUACUACAACGCGCGGCUCGACCCGGCCAACUACCUCGAGGGCCCGCUCUCGGAGAACCCCGCGACGCGGCUGAGGCAGCUGCUCGCCCGCCCCGGGAUCGUCACUGCCCCGGGAAUCUGUGAUGGAAUCAGUGCCCGUGCUGCUGUUGAGGCCGGUUUCGAGUGCCUGUACCAGAGUGGGGCAGCCACGACAGCUUCUAGACUCGGCCAGCCGGAUCUGGCUAUUGCCACCUUGAACGACUUUGUUGGGGCCGCGGAGAUGGUCUGCAGUCUGUCGCCGACAACGCCAGUCAUCGCUGAUGCCGACACUGGCUUCGGUGGACCCGCGAACGUGGCGCGGACGGUCACAAAAUACGCCCGGGCGGGCGUUGCCGGCCUGCACAUCGAGGACCAGGUCCAGACAAAGCGCUGCGGUCACCUCCUCGGCAAGCAGGUCGUCUCGCGCGAGGAAUUCGUCACCCGAAUCCGCGCUGCUGUGAUCGCUCGUGACAUGAUCCCCGGCGGAUCCGACUUUGUGAUCAUCGGCCGCACAGAUUCUGCGCAGGUCUUGGGCAUGGACGAGGCGAUCGAGCGGCUCAAGCUCGCUGCCGACGCCGGUGCCGAUGUGUGCUUCAUCGAGGGUGUCAAGACGAAGCAGCUCUUGGAACGCACCGUCCGACUGCUCGCACCCAAACCCGUCCUGGUCAACGUCAUCUCUGGCGGCCUCACCCCCUCCUUCACAUCCAAAGAAGCCGAGGCCACCGGUGCCAAGAUCAUCAUCUUCUCGCUGGCUUCAUGUGUGCCGAUGAUGCACGCCGUUCGCGCUGCCAUGAAGUCGCUGAAGGAGACCGGCACCGACUUUGCCUGCGCACAGGGCAUGGGCCCGCGCGAGUUCUUCGAGGUGAUGGGCCUCGAGGAGGUGAUGACCAUAGAUUCCAAGGCUGGCGGGUCCGCGUUCGACUCCAUCUGAGCAUUGGCGCAUGUACCAUUGUACAACUAGAGCACCUGUUUUUAUAUACAUGAGGCAAUAUGGAGCCGAUCCUGUUCAACGAUUAUCUUGAGCUUGUGGGCAAGGCACAACCAGGAUGUUUCUAAUAUUCAGUGCCCCUGGUGAUCGACUGCUCCUUGAAUGCACCGCACAGAAAUGUUCGACGAGUAUGAGAACCUCACGAAAAUUCUCAAAGCGUAAACGAACCCUCGCUCGGAACCUUGUCCCAUCCCAAAGCAGGCCCCCAGGUUCUCCACAUCCUGCCGACCACCCGCAGCUUAUCCUCCCGCUCCAUCGUCGUGCUCUCGAGAUCGGUCACAUCCUCCAAAAAGCCCUCUCGUAGCCUGGACCUCUUCGGCAGCCUCGACUCGGCAAAAGUUCGCAGGCGAGCCACAGAGAUGAGAAUCAUCCCGCUGCUCGUGUUGGGCCGCGCACGAUGCUUCGCCGUGAGCAGGCAUUCAAUCCGUCUGUUUCCUCCUUCAGCGACAGACACGAACGGAGAACGAAGGACUCACCGCAACGCCGCCCAGGCCGCUGCUCGCUGGAGCUUGCCUCCGUAACGGCCGUCGCUGGGGCCGCUUCCGAGCAACGACGAAAGAGACCGUCCGAGGACGAUCGUAAUGACCAUGGCGGGCGCCAGGCCGACGAACGCAAACGUCAGUUCUUGCGACUUGAGCAGUUUGUCGAUACCAGCGAGGGCCUGGUCGAUGUCGACCUUGGCUUUUUGCACUUGGAUGAACAUCGAGCGCAGGAGUGUCCCAGUCAGAGCUGACUUGACCGGGGAUUUGAUGUCUUCCUCGUACAAUCGGAGGACGGGGGUGAGGUCCCCGACACGGAUCUUGGCGGAAAGUUCAGCGAGCUGCGUGGAAUUGUAGCGCAGCUGAUCUUGGGCGAGCGACAAGGUCAUGCGCUCCAGCGACUGGGAUUGCCGUCAGAAGCUGCAUCAUCCAGGUUCGAGUGUGAGCCUACAUCCAAGUCUGCAACGACUCCUUCUUUCCUAACAAUCACACCAUCACCUCCUCCAGUUCUGACCGUGGUCAAUAUGUCCUUGAUCGGCUCGACCAGCGAGUUCUUGAUGAACCCUUGCGCGGUUUCCUUCGCGUCUAGUGCCAUUUCCCACAUAGAUGCUCGAGACACCCACAGCGAGCGGAUGGCAUAGAGGCUCAGAGGCGGCAAUAAAAGCAGCUUCGGCCAGAUGAGCGUGAAACGCGACGGUCUGCUCAACUGGAGGAGCUCAGCUGCAUGCGCAGCGAUAUGGGCAGGGAGCAGUGAGCUCGACAACUUUUGGACAACGUUUUGCUCGUUCUCUGCUCGAAAAUCGCUAUCGGUCACGAUUCUAGCCAAUCCGUGCUGCAGGAAGGAGUUCUGCGAGGACGCUGAACUACGCAGGGCCGCCAAGUCACCCAGUUUGUCUGCCCUAUUGUCUCUCAGCUGUUCGAGCCGCUGCCGUUUGUAGCGGCACUCGUCGCGGGCAAGACUGAGUGGCUGGCAUAUGCUGGACCAGAUGAGCGACGGGAUAUGCGAUCGAGGUGGUAACAUCGAUGAUGUCAUUGCUGUUCCGUCCUCGAGGUGAGGAAAAAGAGCCCGCGUCAAUGCCGAAGGCCUGAGUGCAGUCGAUGGAAACAGGCGGAUCAGUGACGAGGGCGAGAAAGACGCGAGGUUGAGAGGGAGAUGGUGUUC